AACAUCGUCAGUAUUUUUUAUUUUUGUAGAUAUUAUGGUACGAGGAUUUGUUCUUCUGGCCGUUCUCGGCUGCGCCUCAGCAUUCCUCUACGUUAACCCCGAGUGUCAUGAAGGACCAGCCUACUGGUGCUCUAGUACAGAGGUGGCAGAGUCUUGCCAAGCCACUCAGUUUUGUCAAGAUAACAUCUGGAUGAAAAAGGAGGAGCCCAAGAACGUAGGAAACUUUGUGACAUGUAAAGCCUGUAUGUGGGUAUUCCAGAAAGUAGAAGAUUACACCCUCAACGACGCCAACGAAAAGAAACUCCUCACCUGGGUCGAAAAGGUAUGUGAUCUCAUCCCAGCCGACUACACCGCUACUUGCAAGUCGAUGGUGGAGGAUUAUGGAAAAGAGGCAAUCGCAACCCUAGCAGGAAAAGUUGGACCAGCAAUGGUGUGCAAGGCUUUGGGUCAGUGCUCCGCUCAAACUAUGCUUAUGAGCCUACCUAAAACUGAUACUUGCAAGACUUGUCAAACGACCAUGGAGGAAUUAAAACAGCAGAACUUCGAGCUAUUUUCCUGGUGGCAGAACUCCUGUGGGGAUGUGACCGCCCCCAUGGAUUGUGUCAAGUACUCCGAAACCGCUAAAUUGCUCAACAAGGCCAUUCUCAAUGAAAGCAUCUGCGAGGAAAUGGAAAUGUGCUAGAAGCUAACUUGACGUUAAAAUGUAGAACAUAAUGAUGUGUAGAACAGUUGAAGAUAAUGACUGGAGAAGACUUUCAUGAUUUUACUAUGACUAUUGACUAUGGCGAUUUUUCAACAUAAUAUUAUUACAGGAAAUAUAAUUAUACAUUAAAUUUAUACAUAUUGAUAGAA